GUCGAGAUGGGACUGACGAAUGGACGGCUCAAUAAUAUGGACGUUCUAUUGUGAUCGAUUCAAAAUAAGGGAAACAUCUUGAGGUCUCCGCCGGAGCUCCCAUCGCAUCCGAGGCUUCGAAUUGUGUGCGUCUUUCCCGAGAUGGAGGUACCCGGUGGACCCAGAAUUUGGAGGUACUGGGUGAUCUUCUCGAUCUGCUUGGGCACUCUGUCGUGCGAUGAGACAACCCCCUCGAACGACUUGCCCAUCGACGAGCUUCUCAAUGCUCCCUCGUAUUCUGUGAAGGGUUCGGAUCACGAGAUCUGUCCACCGGGGUACACCUUCUUGCCGUCGAUUCACACACGUUUUUUCGCUGCGACGGCGACCGCGACGCGAAUUCGUGCCCUACUCGAUGACUAUAGUCAGUUACAAUGCGUCAACUCCCCUCAGUGUCAUGAUUCGAAAUCGAUUCCCGGCGCAGUGGUAUGCCUACUCAACUUUUCACACAGAGGAGCCGAGUGGAAUUGUACCGUGGCCGAUGACUCGACGAAAUCCAUCGCGAACGCUGUCGUAGAAUGCGAACAUCUCGAAUCAUUCUUCUUCUGCGUGCUGGACGAUUCGUGCAUUCUCCGAUUCGAACUGGGAAGCUGGAAUACUUGGAAAACCGUAGCUGUUGCCACAGGGGCGGUCAUAUCUAUUGGCAUCAUCGGAGUCUUCGUCGCCUGGAAACUCAGACAAAGAUAGCGCGCCGAUGGUCAUUGCGUCGAGCGGCCCGAGCUCAAAAACGGCGCGAACUUCUGAUCUACUGUACCGAUGUUCUUCACAUGACGAAAACGAGGGAGGCUGCACCUCGUAGCGCGUCGUCUGCGCCGGAUAGCACCAGAUUUUCCCGCAGCGAAUCGCUGAAUAAAUCCGAGUGUCCGA